AGGAUCGAAGGAAAGGAGUUAAAUUUAAACGACUUAAAGCACUAUUCUCAGUAAAAAUAAAGCAACACAAUGGCUGCUAGCAGGGAAAAGAGAGGCAAUGCAGGAAACAGAAUGGCUCGCCUGCUUGAAGCAGAGGAUGAAGAUGAAUUUUACAAAACCACAUACGGAGGAUUCGACGAGGAAGAAGGCGAUGUAGUGUACGAGUCAGAGGAGUCAGAAGAAGAUGAAACAGACUCUGAUAUAAGUAUUGAUGAAAAUGAUGAGCCUAAAAGUGACGAUGAAGAUGAAGGUCCGAAGAAAAAGAGAAGAGUCGUUACUAAAGCUUAUAAGGAACCACCUGCAAAGAAGAAAACAGAAGAUAAAAAACCGAAACCUAAAACAGAGAAAGUUUCCAAAGUACAAAUUUAUCACACACCAGAAAAGAAGAAACUUAGAAACACAACAUCAGAAAAGUCCAAAGCCAGAGAACAGAGAGACAAGCAGCGAGAGGCCAGAGCCAAAAUGCUGAAGGAAAUGGCGGCUCAGAAGCGAGUGUCAGAGGUCAGGAGGUUAACUCAGGAGGAGCUACUGGAGGAGGCAAAAAUCACAGAAGAGGAGAAUCUGACAUCUCUGGAAAAUUAUCAAAGAAUGGAACUAGAGAAAAAGAAGAACCGCAUUCAGAAACAAAUGCAUCGAGGUCCAAUCAUCCGCUAUCAUUCCAUGACCAUGCCUCUGAUUGAGGAGCUUCCCCCAGAGCCAGAAAUCAGUGUGGAUGAGGACAGUGCUGAACCACAGAGAAAAUUGGAUGAAAAUGAAAAGUGUUCAAGAACAUUUAUUACAUUCACGGAUGAGAGAAACUACCGUGAAUAUUUCUCGCAGCGAAAGGCGAAAAUUCCUCAUAAACAAUUCUGCCCAGUUACUAAGUUACCUGCCAAAUACUUUGAUCCAGUGACACAGACACCCUUUGCUAAUUUACAAGCAUUCAAAUGUAUCAGGGAAGCUUAUGCUCAGCAGUUAGCAGAGGAAUCUGACCAACGUAGAAAAUGAUAUCAAUAAAGUUUUUCUUUCAUGUA